AUGCCUACAUACGUGAACCUGAGUACUACUACAUGGUCAGCUCCAAUUGUGUGGCACAACACUUACAAUGAGUCGGCCUUGGAAAAUUAUUAUGCAGAGCAUAAAAUUACCGUGGGGUUGACAGUGUUUGCUGUGGGAAGAUAUAUUGAUUUCUAUUUGACCGAAUUUUUGUCUUCUGCUGAUAAGUUUUUUAUGGUUGGCCAGAGAGUCAUAAUUUAUGUCAUGUUAGAUGACUUCUCUAAGAUGCCUUUGAUACAUCUGGGUCGCUUCCGUACCUACAAAGUUUUUGAAAUUAAACGAGAGAGGAGAUGGCAAGAUAUCAGCAUGAUGCGCAUGAAGACCAUCAGUGAACACAUUGUUGAUCACAUCCAAUAUGAAGUUGACUUCCUCUUCUGCAUGGAUGUGGAUCAAUUCUUCAAAAACAAAUACGGACUGGAGACUCUGGGAGAGUCAGUAGCUCAGUUACAUACUUACUGGUAUCAGACAAAUCCCGAUAAGUUACCUUAUGAGAGAAAUCAGUUAUCAAAGGCUUAUAUACCUAUGGGUGAGGGAGAUUUUUAUUACCAUGCUGCUGUUUUUGGGGGCACUACCAUUCAGGUUCUUGAUAUUGUCAGGGAGUGUGCCAAGGGAAUAAUGAAGGACAAGAAAAAUAACAUUGAAGCAGUGUGGCAUGAUGAAAGUCACUUAAACAAGUAUUUCUUUCUUCAUAAACCCACUAAACUCUUGUCACCAGAAUACUGCUGGGAUAAUCUUCAAAAGGAUUCUAAUAUUAAAAUUAUCAAACUCACUUGGAAUUUUAAGAAUUAUAACCUUACCAGAGAGCUACCAUAA